AGGGCGUCUAUGAGCGUGCAGUGCUUCAGUCAGGACCUCCACUCCUUCACCUCGACCAACAUACCCGCCGCUCUCGCUAAGUACUCGUCGUAUAACUAACCCUCGCCAUGAUCAAGAUAUGGAGUAUGAAGAAGAGUGAGGAUGCAGCGGCGAAGAAGAAACCAAAGACCAGUGCUGCUCAGAUUCGUGUGCAGAAAGAUCUUACCGAGCUCGAGCUACCGGAAACGAUGAGGACACAUUUCCCUGAUCCAAGUGAUCUCCUCAACUUCACCCUUACAAUCACCCCCGAUGAGGGCAUGUACAAGGGCGGAUCUUUCACCUUCUCCUUCGCGAUCAACACCAACUACCCCCAUGAGCCACCAAAGGUCAAAUGCAUACCGAAGAUCUACCAUCCUAAUGUUGAUCUCGAUGGCAAUGUCUGCCUGAACAUUCUGCGUGAGGAUUGGAAACCUGUCCUCAACCUAAACUCCGUCAUGGUCGGCUUGCAAUAUCUAUUCCUCGAACCUAACGCAGAUGACCCUCUGAACAAAGAGGCGGCAGAGGAGUUGCGCCGCAACAGAGACCAGUUUGUAUACAAUGUCAGACAAGCGAUGCGAGGCAACAAUGUCAAGGGUAUCCAGUAUGACAGGGUGGUCUCAUUUUAGAACCCCUUCCCGUGUCUGUCAGCAUCCUGCUUUCCUUGCUGUAAUCUCUGCUUCUCGUUUUGACGAUGGUCGUCUAGACGCAUAGAGGGAUUGUUUUGUAUUUUUGCUCCUUGUUCUCCCACAUCACAUUUUCUCUCAUACAACUGCAUCUUACAUGUAAUCUUUUCCAUUCACCUUAUUCUUCCGGGUCAAUUCAAGUUAUUGUACUGUAU